CUUUCUGUCGCCCAUCCCGUUCGUUACUGUAGCUUCAAGCCUCGCGGCUCACAGCGUCCACUCACUAGAGCAUCUGCUCACCUAUACUCUUUUCAUUAUGCCUUCAGUUUUGGCGACAGCUGCUUUCGCGGCCAGCAUCGUUUCUUUGGCCUCUGCCGCUUUCAACCCAUCUAGCAAGACUAACGUGGUCACAUACUGGGGCCAGGGCCCUAACCAACAAAGAUUGCUAGAAACUUGCAAGAUCGCAGCGGUCGAUGUCAUCAACAUUGGUUUCAUCAAUCGAUUCCCCGACAAUAGCGACAACGGAUACCCAGGAAGUAACUUUGGUAAUGCGUGCUGGGGAGACACCUAUCAGAACUCUACUGGAGGUGCGACCCAGCUUCUCAAGACCUGCCCUUACAUUGGCCAGGAUGUGAUUACCUGCCAGCAGACCUAUGGCAAGAAGAUUUUCCUCUCUCUAGGUGGCGCAUACCCGACAGACUACUACAUCCGGAGCGAUGCAUCUGGAAGAAACUUUGCCGACUUUCUCUGGGGUGCCUGGGGACCUGUCAACUCCAGCUGGACCGGUCCACGUCCUUGGGGCAAUGCGGUAGUGGACGGCUUUGAUUUCGACAUUGAGAGUAACGUCACUCCUGUCAGUCGACUCACGUCGGGCUACACGCAGAUGAUCAACCGCUUGAGAAACACUCUUUUCCCACUGGACAAGUCGAAGAGCUACUACCUCUCUGGAGCGCCACAAUGCGUUCUGCCCGACGUGCACUUCACAAACGUCUUGAACCGCGCGUGGUUCGAUUUCAUCUGGGUACAAUUCUACAACACACCGCAAUGCAGUGCCAGAGCGGGCAUCAACAACCAGAACGGCGCGAACAGGAACCUGGAUAUUAGCUACACCAACUGGACCAAGUCCGCGUCGUUGAACCCCAAUGUGAAAUACUAUCUCGGUCUGGUAGCUGCGCCUCAAGCUGCGGGUGAUGGUUCUUACUUCUUGACUCUCGCCGAGGCUCAACGCACAAUUCAACGCUUCUAUGGCACUACUUCCUUGUUCGGCGGCGUUAUGCUGUAUGAAGCGACUUAUGCGAAGAAUAACUCUGUGUGUGGUAAGGAUCAACUCACUUGGCAUAAGGAUAUCCUCAAUGGCCAGGCUGCUAGUAAGCCUGUUACUGUUACUUGUCCGGUAACUACUACUUCGACCCGAAGCUCGACGACGAUGACUACAACAACGACUCGGGUUACGAGUACGGUAAACCAGGCUGCAGUCAGGAUUGCCUCAACUACCUCCAGCAAGAGCUCUUCAAGCACCGAAGUCACGAAACCUAAAUAGCGCCCCAAUAAUCAGAUAAAUCGUUAUCUAUGCUCCCCGCGGCAUUAUUAGACUGUCCGACCGACUACGACGACUACGAGCAGCCGCCGUAAGCGCUCAGAGCCCACGGCGUUUGUGACACGUGUGAGAAGAGUCAAGCGGGCUAGAUAGUUAGAAACAAAAGUCGUCUAUGUUUUGUAGUAUGUAGUUGAACAGUACCUUAUACUU